AUGAUUAAUGACCUCUAAAUAAUAGGUGAUUCUAAACAUUUAUAUGAUUUAUAUCCAACAAAUAAUUCGUGUCCUGUAGGAGAAUAUAUCGAGGAAGAUUCACCGAUUAAAAAACACUACGUAAGUUCAUUAUGUUUCUAAUUAAAAAAGUACUAUAAAUAGAAAUCAUUAAUAUUAUAGAAAAAUUAAACGACAGCAGAACAGGCCGAGUGUUUUAAAAAUAGAAGAUAGUGGAAGAAAUGUCAUUAUAUAUCAAAAUCCUACAAGUUCUAAUAAUUUAGAUAAAAUGGAAAAUUAAACCUAAUGACUUACAUUCAAAAUAAAAAAGAUUUGGA